AUGACAUUAAGCUUUUUUGACCAAUUUAUAAGCCCCACAUACCUCGGCAUUCCACUAAUUGCCCUAGCUAUUGCCCUACCCUGAAUCCUUUACCCCACACCCUCAAGCCGAUGACUAAACAACCGACUUCUCACCCUUCAAGGGUGGUUUAUUAACCGCUUUACCCAGCAACUCCUUCUGCCUCUAAACCCCGGGGGGCACAAGUGAGCACUCCUCUUUACCUCCCUGAUGAUUUUCCUCAUCUCACUCAAUAUACUAGGCCUCCUCCCCUAUACUUUCACCCCUACCACUCAACUGUCCCUCAAUAUAGGACUUGCAGUCCCCCUUUGACUAGCAACGGUUAUUAUCGGCAUGCGAAACCAGCCAACUCACGCGCUAGGUCAUCUUCUCCCAGAAGGAACCCCUACCCUCCUAAUCCCGAUCCUUAUUAUUAUUGAGACAAUUAGCCUGUUUAUCCGCCCACUAGCCCUUGGAGUUCGACUAACGGCCAACUUAACAGCAGGGCACCUGUUAAUUCAACUCAUUGCCACCGCCGCCUUUGUCCUCCUCCCUCUUAUGCCUACCGUGGCCAUCCUAACAGCGACCCUUCUAUUCCUAUUAACCCUGCUAGAAGUCGCUGUAGCCAUGAUUCAAGCCUAUGUCUUCGUCCUCCUUCUAAGCCUCUACCUACAAGAAAACGUCUAA